GAUUUCUUGUUUUCGGGCGGUGUGGACUUUUUACCUCUUCUAGCUAUCUUCAGCACACCACACCAAGCUUCUCUCUCAGCCAUCACACAAGCCACAAUUUCCACACUCACAGCUCAUACGGGCUUCGGCGCAGCAUUUCACAUAUUUUCAGAGCUGCAGAUCGCGAGGCUCGUGCAAAAUGACAGACGCAAAAAGGAAACAGUCGGGCGGCGGUGGUGGCCAUCCCGCCAAGAGAAGCAAGGGUGGGCAAGGCUCCGGCAAAUGGCAGACGCCGCAACACAAAGCGAAGGUCGCCAGUCUUCAGGACAAGGGCGUCGCCCUUGGGGUUGGCGACAAGGGUAUCUGGGUCACAUUUGCUAGAGGCAUGGAUGGAAAGUCCAUUAGCGAAUUCAGCGCACUAUGUGACGAGUACGCAAAGACGCUCUACGGCAUCGUUCCUCCCGGGGAAGAAGUCGAAUCAGAUGAGGAAGACGAGGACAUUGAGGCUUCCAUCAAGAAGGAGCUCGAUGGCAUCAGUGACGUCAACAAGGGCAAAACUAAGCGUACUUUCAAGGCUAUCAAGGCUGGUAUCGAGUGUGUCUUCUUCAUGAAGACAAGGGAUCCCAUCGACCCCGUAGAGCUCUGCCGUAAGAUGUGCGUAGACGCCAGCGUCUGCACUGAUCUCAAGGAGCGGAAGACCAAGUAUAUCAAUCGACUGACGCCGGUCACCUCUGUUGACAAGGCAUCUGAGAACGGCGUGGUACGAGUCGCUAGAAACGCCCUAGCUGCGCAUUUCGAUCUCGUUGGUGAGACAGCUCAGGCUACAGGAGGCGAUGUAGAGAAGAUUGAAGGAGGGAGCGAUGCUCAGGCUGAGAAGCCGACCUGUACAUAUGCCAUUCGACCCUCGAUACGCAGCAACAACUCGCUUGAUCGCGACACGCUCAUUAAGCAAAUCGCCAGCGUCGUCAGCCCGCGGCACAAGGUUGACCUCACUAAUGCCGACAAAGUCAUACUUGUCGAUGUUUUUCAGAGUUUCUGCGGCAUGAGUGUUAUUGAGCGCAGUGACUGGGAUGAUUUGAAGAAGCUCAACGUCAACGAACUGUACAAGGCGUCUCCUGGAGCGAAGGCAAAUCGCCCGGCACCUAAGGAAGGUGAAGACAAGGCAGCAUGAGUUGUGUACGAGGUCGUGGAGGAUGCAUUUGGGACCAUCCUUCAUCUAAGCUAUGGGAGCAAUUACCGUAUAACAUUCGUGGAACCCCAAGCGAAAUAACCAAUCGGUCUUCCAAAUACCAGAUGAUGGGAGUUGAGAAAGGGCAUGGUUCACUCACUUGCAUCUUGACAAGCACCGUAUCCCCUACAUGACAAUGUUAUUCGAAAUUGGUGGGCAUUUGGCUCGCUUUGCUUCCUUGUGAAGACAUUGUAUAGCAAAGAAGCCGAUACGUCCCCUCCGAUGCAACGAAGGGUAGAUUCGUAGAGACCCUCAGUGCUGUACUGUGUACCCCCUUACGUGUGCCCACUUGU